UUCAUGGAGUAAUAUAUAUAUAGUUUUCAGUUUUACGAACAUGGGGUAUUGACUUUAUCAGUCGUUCGCAUGAAUAGAUUAUUGACUCUAUUGGUCAUUCGCAUAUAUAGGGUAUUGACUUCGUUAGUCAUUCGCGUGUAUGCUAUUUGUAACUAUCUUCAGUAUUUUGAUUUACCCGAAAUACAAAUUUUUUUUUUUCGUCAUGGGAAAAUUUAGUAUUGCUAAAUUUUAGUAUUUAUAUAAAUUUCGGGAUUAAUUAAAUAAAUUUAGAUACAAAAAAUGGAGCAAAAUAACUUAAAUUCUAUCAAAUGCCAGUAUUGUAAUGUGUCUUUUACAAACGAAGAAUCUUUAAUCAAUCAUCAAAAAAAACACCAACAGCAAUUUUCGGAAUGCAUUAUAUGUCACAUCAUUAUUAAAAACAGAAGGCAUUUAGAAAGACACAAAAAGGAACACAUUAUUGACAAAAUUAAACAGUGUAAUUUAUGUACUAAAAGUUUUAAGAGACAGACACACUUGAAUCGACAUUUAUUAUCUCACUAUAAAGAUAGUAAUAAAAAAAUUUGCACUGUAUGUGGAAAAGGUUUCUCGAGGAAAGAUGUAUUAAUGAGACACAUUAAUAAAAUCCAUAAAAACACCUAAUAUUUUUGUAAUAAAUUACUUGGUAGAGAAUUUAACAUAUUAUGGCGAUAUUUAUAUAAAAUACGUAUUAUACGAAGGUUGUACGACUCCAUUAGUCGUUUGUGUAUAUAAGGUAUUGACUCUAUUAGUCGUUACCCUAGGCCGGACCGGUGUUCCGUUCUGUUCCAUGUAUCUAAUAAUUGUAUACGUAUGUUUGACCUUUCGCCCCUCUAUAUACUGACUAUGUCUGUGCUAUAAACGCGCCAACUUUUGAACAAGCUGAAUAAAUAAACAAGAGUGCCUUUAGAGUUACUGUUUGAGAUUAUUUAAAUAGUUUUGGCUAACCUUAGAUAUAUAUAAAUAUAUUUGCUGCUAACCUGAUAGAAAUUAGAUUAAAAAGUUCAGUAAUUUAAGAAUCAAGAAGUGAAUUUCGUCUUCUAAUAAACGUGACCAUAACAUCUAUACUAUAAACCCUGGUGAAUUGUUGAAGAUUUUUGAGGCAGUUUAUUUACCAUAAUCCGAGCAGUUUUACAAUCAUCGGCUUCCUUUUUGCGGUUCACAUGUAUAACCCUUUUAUUUUUACAUGUUUAACCUUUAAACUUUUUCAUAAUUCUUAUA